UUUAUAGUCAGUAUAAGGGCCAAACGUUCAUAUAAUUGUAUUUUAUUCCUUCUCGUUUUGAAACACUUAAAAUGGCGAAAAUUAAUUCUUUCUUAUGGGGUAUAUUAAUUGCUUCAAUAACUUGGACCAUCUCUUUGUAUUUAUACUGGUUAUUGAAUCUUAAUGGCGACACUAAUAAGAUUGAUCAGGAAAAUACAAUGCAUUAUCAAUUAGUUAAUUCAGCAGAAAAGGACCGAAUUAAAAACAAUGAUAAGUCUAUUGCAGAUUUAGAAGGUAAAAGUAUGCUAUAUGAUAGCCCUAAAGCUAAUAGUAAAUACAUGGGUAAGAUGUGGAAAUACCUAAAGCACAAUUCAGAUUACAAACAAAAGUUUAUGCAAAAAGAAAAAUUUGUUAAUCAACUGGGAAUGAAGAUGGCUGCUAAACCUGACAUAAGCUUAGAACAUCAGUAUGGAAUAAUUAGAAACGCUGAAGAUGUGCGAAUUAGGGAACAGGGUUACAAUUUGCAUGCAUUUAAUGCGCUCAUCUCUAAGAGGAUUGGAAAUCACAGGAGCAUUCCUGAUACCAGGAACAAAAUGUGCCGAGAUAUAAACUAUAGGAAGAAAUUGCCUAAAACUUCAAUAAUUAUCUGCUUUUAUAAUGAACAUUUUGAAACCCUAAUGAGAUCUAUUCAUUCAAUAUUGGACCGCACAGAUGCAAAGUAUUUGAAGGAGAUAAUUUUAGUAGAUGACUACAGUGACUUGGAUGGAUUACAUGAAAGUGUUAUGAAUGCUGUAAACGAUCUUAACAGUAUGAUGAGAAAGGAAGAGGAAAUGUUGGAAACGAAUAAAAUUGAAGUGGAAAAGUGGUUAGUGGAUUACAUAAAUGAUGACAACAGUAACAACAUUGAUAAAAAGUCUGCGGAGAAAAUUUCAAGAGCUAAAACUGGUAUUAAUAUACGGCUAUUGAGGACAAGCAAAAGAGAAGGUUUGAUCCGGGCAAGGUUAUAUGGGGCUGAUAAUUCGGUUGGUGAGGUAUUGGUGUUUCUGGAUUCUCACAUAGAGGUCAAUGUGGAUUGGCUGCCGCCAUUGUUGGCACGUCUGUCGGAGGGUGUAGAUGGUGUCCGUGUGCGUUAUUCACAUCGGGCCGUCGCUCCUGUAAUAGAUGUUAUUAAUGCUGACACAUUUGAAUAUUCUUCAAGUCCUUUAGUGAGAGGUGGUUUUAAUUGGGGACUUCAUUUUAAAUGGGACAAUUUACCCAGAGGGACUUUGAAAGACCAUGAAGAUUUCAUAAAGCCAAUCAAGUCUCCCACCAUGGCAGGUGGUUUGUUUGCAAUUUAUCGUGAAUACUUCAUUUAUAUUGGCAAGUAUGACGCUGGUAUGAAUGUGUGGGGUGGCGAGAACUUGGAGAUAUCUUUCAGGAUAUGGAUGUGCGGUGGUACGUUGGAGCUCAUACCAUGUAGUCGGGUCGGUCACGUGUUCCGUAAACGAAGACCUUAUGGUAUGGGUGAGAAAGAAGAUUUUAUGGUGCGUAACUCUAUGCGUAUGGCCCGUGUAUGGAUGGAUGAAUAUGUGAAAAAAGUGAUUGAAGUUAAUCCGUCGGCUGCUAAUGUUGAAAUUGGGGAUAUAUCUGAGAGGAAAGCUUUGAGGCAACGUCUCAAAUGUAAGACAUUCAGAUGGUAUCUAGAGAAUAUCUAUCCUGAAUUAGAUACGGGUGAAGAAUCUAUUCUUAGGAAACGUAUGGCCGCUCUUAAUGAUCCUGAGAAGACUAAGUUCCAGCCUUGGCACUCUAGGAAGCGAAACUACACGGAUUCCUUUCAAAUUCGUCUUAAAGGUUCCACCUUAUGUGUCCAAAGUGCUAAAGAUAUCAAGACCAAAGGUAGCCGAUUGGUACUCGGUAGGUGCAUGAGGGGCAUACACCAGAUAUGGUAUGAGACUGUACGUCAUGAGUUGGUACUUAGUGGAACUCUCUGCUUGGACGCUGUCAAUACAAUGUCUCCGAUACUGGGCAAAUGUCAUGAACUUGGUGGCACUCAGGAAUGGAAGCAUAAGGGAGCUGCUGGAAGUCCUAUUUACAACAUAGCAGUUGGUAUGUGUCUGGGAGUUGAGCGGGCUUACCUUAGGGAACCAUUGAUCAUGGUUAUAUGCGAUGAUCAAGAUACAAAUCAAUGGGAUUUUAUUCGCUCUUAAAUAAUAAUACUCUUAA